CUUCGUCGUCGACUUAGCGAUUAUCGCACACGUUUGCUCUUCUCGAAUCUGUUUCAGGUCCGCUUGUUCCGCAAGCCCCCAAGUAGUACCAGUAUUUGUGCAAGCGAGCAUCCUCAUUUCCCCGGACCUCACUCCCCCGUCUUCGAAUGAGACCGCUAUGGAUACGCCCCCGAACGUGAACGGUAGCGGCGGUUCGGACCCGGCCUCUGCCCAGCCCGACACUCGCCCGCCCGGUGGCACACGCCGGUCGGGCAACAAGACGCCACGCAGGGUCCAAUGGAUCUUUGAAGAGGGACAGGCCACGACGUCCCCGAGGGCUUUGGAUGAACACGGUUUGGACCCCGAAGCGUUUGAGACCCUCACUCAUGCGCUUGAACGCCAUCGGUCCUCGUCAAUCGACGGAGGGCAUAUCACACCGCCCUUAUCCAACAGGCUCUCGACCGCCAUGUCCCCAGGCACAUCUCUGCCUUCUUCCCCCACCACGGAGGCCCCUUCGCUCCACAACGUGCCUGGCGAGGCGUUCAUCGACGGGAACGAAACCGCCGGCCUCCCGGGACGCGACAUCGAGCAGUACUCCCAAGCGCAGGCGCAGAAGGUCCUCCGCGCGCACAAGUAUAACUUCUUCAAGUCCAGAGGCAAGCAUCGCCACCGCCGCUCGGAGUCCCAGCCGGACGCGCGCGAGGAGUACGAGGACAAGGGGAAGAAGUCGCGCAGGGGCUUCUUCCGGGACCGCGGCACGUCGAGCGACGUCGAGAAGACCGCGGAGGCGCGUGGCGCGACGACACCGAGGACCUCUCAGCCGACGGGCGUGCUCUCCACGCUGCUGUCCAUGUACGAGCACACGUCCGGCCUGACGUCGCGCUCGUCGUUCGACGACUCCCGCACGGCGUCCCUGUACAACGGGCCGUCCUCGGCGACGUCGUCUGCUAUCGCCAUGCCUCCGCCGCCCGCCCCCGCGCGCACCGAGGGCUACUUCCCCCCUCAACCUCAACCUCAAGCGAGCACGUCGACGGCGUCUCUGCGCCCGCCUAACCACCCGUGGACACGGGUCCCGUUCGGGAACGGCAGACCACCGAAGUCGCGCGGUGGCGCGGGCGUGUUUGGCCCUCUCAUCGCUGGCACGGGCAACAUCACUGGCGUCGCCGCGCCCGUGUCCGCCACCGUCGCGCCCGACCUCAAGCGGCCUGGCUAUCAUCUCUCCCGGUACUCUCUUGACGAGGGCAAGGUGCCGCGGGUCGGCGCGGCUGGGGCUGGGGAGCGCAAGUCCUUGACACGCUCGCGCAGCGUGCACUCUCUUCGUUCGCCCGUGGCCUCGGGCCCGCCUACGCCCGGCAGCGAAGAGACGGUGUCGCCGCAGCACUCGACCGGGGGCUCCCAGUCGCCCACCGCCACGAACAAGCGGUGGAGCGGGGUGCUCAAGGACCUCCCGAAGUUCAGCGGCCGGUGGACGCCGAGCACGGUGCCGAGCACGCCUGCGACGGACGUCGGCGUGGACGAGUGGCACGAGAGCGCCGCCGAGGAGAAAAAGGAGAAGCGGCGGAAGCGCAAGAAGGCGGAGAUAUGGAUCACGCGGCACGUCGCGGAGAUCGUGUGCAGGCAGGAGUUCAUCCUGAAGCUCACGCGGGCGAUGAUGAUGUUCGGCGGGCCCACGCACCGGCUGCAGGCGCAGAUCAAGGCGACCGCGAAGGUGCUCGACAUCGAGCUGUCGUGCAUGUACCUCCCGGACAUGAUGCUCAUCUCGUUCGACGACGCCGCGACGGGCACGAGCAACAUCAAGUUCAUCCGCCAGGGCAGCGCGCUCGAUAUCGGGAAGCUGCAGGAGGCGCACGAGCUGUAUUGGAAGGUCAUCCAUGACGACAUCUCGGUCAAGGAUGCGUCCGUCGAGCUGGACGAGCUGAUGCGCCGCCGGCCUUUGUACAGGAACUGGCAGAUCGUGCUUAUCGGUGGCGCGUGCUCGGCCUCUAUAUGCAGCGUCAGCUUCAACGGCUCGUUCAUCGACUCCUUGGUGUCGUUCCCCCUCGGCUGUCUCCUCAUCUUGAUCCAAUUCUUCGCCGCUCGUAACGAGCUGUACUCCAAUAUCUUUGAGAUCACUGUCGCCACGUUCUUCAGCUUCAUCGCCGCCGCUCUGUCCUCUCUGCCGUUCUUCUGCUACUCCGCGAUUGCAUCGAGCUCCGUCGUACUCAUCCUCCCCGGCUUCAUCGUCCUCUGCGGGAGCCUGGAGCUUUCGUCGCGCAACAUCGUCUCGGGCGCUGUGCGCGUUUGCUUUGCCUGCAUCUAUUCAUUGUUCUUGGGGUUCGGGCUUGCGAUCGGCGCCACCGCAUACUCGAAACUCACGAACCGUACUAUCGCCGGCUCGGACGACCUCACGUGCGGCUUAAGCCACGAUCCUAAUGGACCGUGGUGGCAGCGCACGCCGUCUCUGUGGUGGGCGUUCUUGACCGUCCCUGCAUACUCGCUGUUCUUAAGCUUGAGGCAGCACACCCCGUGGAACCGCCGGGAACUGUACCUCCUCGUUGUGAUCUCCUGCAUCGGGUGGGUGACGAACCACUUCACCGGGACGCGCUUCCGGAACCGGAACGACAUCUCGGCCGCGGUGGGCGCGCUGGCCGUCGGCCUCGUCUCGAACCUGUACGGCCGGUUCUUCUACGGCAGCGCCUUCGUCGUAAUGAUCACGGGCAUCCUGUUCCAGCUGCCGUCGGGGCUCGCGAACGGCGGGCUGUUCACGUUCGUGCAGCAGCAGACGAACGGGUCGUCCACGAACGAGUCGUACCUCUCCGGGUUCCAGACGGCGCUCCAGCUCAUCUCGGUGUCGAUCGGGCUGACCGUCGGCCUGGGCAUCUCGCUCGUGCUCGUGCACCCCAUCCCGUCGAGGCGGCGCGCCGCCGGUCUGUUCACGCUGUGAGCUGGCCUGCGCGCGUGCCGGUUUCUUUCUUUCUCCUCAUCCUCAUCCAUCCGCGUUCAUGGACAUAAGUUGGUAACUGGUCUCCUGGUGGGGCAGGGAGCGCGGCGGAUGCUCGCCGCCCGUAGUUCCGCUUCACGUCCACUCAUUCAUCUCAUCUAAUCUCCAACUCUCCUCUGCAGUACUCACGACGGACAUGAGUACACGAGUACCUCCCGUUCUCCUCGGUCACAGUCACACAUAGAUAUUUUGCUUCUCAUGCGCACUCGGUUUCACGAUCGGCACGACGGACCCACGAUUUAAACAUUGCACUUCAUGAUAGAUAGAUAGCUCGAUAGACAGAUACGUAGAUAAACAGAGAAUCCCGC